GACCUUUAACCCCCGACCGUGUGUGUCUGACAGUGACCUGGCUGACCUUUAACCCCCGACCCUGUGUGUCUGACAGUGUUUCAUCGAGAUGGAGCGAGCCGAGGAUGCAGAGAAAAUGGCCGAAGAUUACAAAGUGGACCCGCCGAAGUUCAACGGGAAGCGUCUGACGGUCUACGUCAGCAGGAAGUACCGGCAGCUCAAGCACGGACAUCGCUGUCCGUCCGGGGUGAAGAGAGAAAACAGCGACUCGGCUCCUCAACUUCCUGAAGAGCCCCCGGCCAAGAAACCCAAAGAGGAGGAGGAGGAGAAACAAAGGGAGGAGGAGGAGAGGGAGGAGAAACCGAGGGAGGAGGAGGAGAAGAAACUGAAGGAGGAGAAACUGAGGGAGGAGAAAACAGAGGAGGAGGAGAAGAAACUGAAGGAGGAGAAACUGAGGGAGGAGAAGAAACCAAGGGAGGAGGAGGAGAAACCGAGGGAGGAGGAGAGGAAGGAGGAGGAGAGGAAGGAGGAGGAGAAACCGAGGGAGGAGGAGAGGAAGGAGGAGGAGAGGAAGGAGGAGCCGUCGGAGGAGAACAACGAGGAAGAGAAGCGAGAGAGUUGUGAAGACGAGAAGAGAGGAGAAGAAACGGAGAAGGUUCCUGAAGUUGGUGACGAGAAGGAGAAGAGCAGCAAAGACGACGAGGAGAGGAUGGAGACAUCGACCAAUGAGAACGGACCAACGGAGGGGCCCCCCCCACCGGCCGCAAACAAACCCAGCGUGGCGUCUCUGCCGCUGCCCCCCCACAACCCCGACACCCCCAUCGGUGAGGAAACAGUGUUUCAUCCUGCAGAUGUUUUG